AUUCCCGAUGGAGCCUCUGUCAAAGUCAUCACAAAACAAGCCCACGCCCCUUUGUGCACACAAGUCAGUUUGAAGGAUGAUAAGAACUACUCCAUCAAGUACUUCCACUUGAUCGAUCCUGAUAUUGAUUGUGCCCAGGGAUGGAAUCCAGAGAGGAAGUAGCUGAAGCUCAAAGAGAUCUAUCUGACAAAACUGCUCUCCACCAAGCAUAUGAGAAAGGAGGCCAGUCUGUCUUGCUACAGGAAGUGGAUCAGACUUCAGAGGUCAUGGGUUCCGUGACCUUGCUCAACACCCUCAGGCACUACAAGAUUCCCGAUGGAGCCUCUGUCAAAGUCAUCACAAAACAAGCCCACGCCCCUUUGAGCACACAAGUCAGUUUGAAGGAUGAUAAGAACUACUCCAUCAAGUACUUCCACUUGAUCGAUCCUGAUAUUGAUUGUGCCCAGGGAUGGAAUCCAGAGAGGAAGAAGCUGAAGCUCAAAGAGAUCUAUCUGACAAAACUGCUCUCCACCAAGGUGGCCGUGCACUCCUACGUGGAGAAGCUGUUCGGGUCGAUUUGGGGCACCGCCAACAGCAGAGUCCCGCCCGCAGUCAAGUACUUCUUCGACUUCCUGGACGCCCAGGGAGAGAGCAAGAAAAUCAGCGACCCGGAUGUGCUCCACAUCUGGAAAACCAACAGCCUGCCCCUGCGCUUCUGGGUGAACAUUCUGAAGAACCCCCAGUUUGUGUUCGACAUGGAGAAGACGCCACUUCUGGACAGCUGUCUGUCCGUCAUUGCCCAGGCCUUCAUGGACUCCUUCUCAUUGGUCGAGCAGCAGCUGGACAAGCAUUCUCCCACCAACAAACUCCUCUAUGCCAAAGACAUCCCCCAGUACAAGCUGGAGGUGAAGGCCUACUACAAGCAAGUGGGAGAUCUGCCUGGGUUUUCCAGCGAAGAUUUCAAGGCUUUCCUGCAAGAAAAAUCAGAGAAACACGAAAAUGAAUUCAACGAAACGGCCGCACUGCAAGAAAUCUACAAGUACUUGCAGCAGAACUUCAACGCGGUAGAGGAGAAGCUGGUACAGAAUGGGGCUUCCAGUGAGCUGAAGGAGAAGCUGCAGCAUACUGUCAGUACAUGGCGGUGUGUGGCAGUGUGUCGCAGUGCUUGGCAGUACAUGGCGCUCAUCCUGCUGCAGCCCCUGCUGCUGAACUUCGACCCUGCGGAGUGACAUCACAGUUGCUGAGCAACGCUCACUUGCCAGACAGCAAAAGCCCUUUCUCAGAACAGGCCUCGAACUGCGCAUCAGACAGCACAAGGCAUCCUACUCGCACAUAACUGUUCACGACAUCUCCGCAACCAAUCAGAAACUUGCAUAUCAUAUUCAUGAUCAAGACAAUAAAUUUUCUUUUUUGUUUCAGAGGCCACAAAUGAAUCGUUUCCUGCAACUCGCUUCUAGACUGUAUCCAGACUUAACCACACUGCAUUUACACUGGGCACAGUCAGAUGCAGCUCAAGAGUCACAUGGUAGCCGCAUUGAAAGGCGAACGCUACUUGUUGCCUAAAACGUGAAACCCUGACAACUCACUACCCGUUUUGUUGCGCCUCUCAUUGGGGGCUGGUUACAACAGGUGACAUUAUGGGCCUAUCGGUUGUCCUGUGCAUCUCAGAGAGGCAGGUGCAUUCAGACUCGUAUCCGUCUCAAAUGAGUCUCGCACCACCUCCUGAAACGGUUUCGGCGAUCGGAAUGGAAUCUGUUCCUGAUGCAUCUUGGGUGCAGUUUACACACUCGUUUUUAUGUGGAUAGUCCCAGUCUGGACAUAAUCCGGAUGCUCGAGAAUCGGUGUACCGACCAAGAGUAAAAUGGGGCCUCAGUUCCCUUCUGCGGGACAGGCUUGUUGCAAUAUGACUGGUUGGCGGCAGCUAUUUGUGAAGCAGUGAGAAAGUGGACAUCAGUUGCAAAUUCAUCACCCAACUCGGUCUGAGAGAGAGACAGAGAGAGAGAGAGAGAAAAAGAGGAAGUGGCCAGAAAGCUCACCUCA